AUGGCCAACGUCGAAAUGCAAUCAAUCGAAACCCUGGUCCCAUCAACACCUCCGCCAGCUCCACGUUCUCGCUCAGCAGACAGCAUGAGCAAGUCGGCCUACGCUUCACCACCAGCAAUGUCUGCAAGCUUGACCCCUCCUCCAUCAACACAGCCUCCUCGCUUUCAUUCACCGGUCAACCGCGCAAGCGUCGGACCCAGCGAUCCUCCACUUGCGUCUCCUCCCAACACACUCAAGUCUAAUGUUCUGCGCGCUCUUCCCACGGCGGAUGCGAUAGCUCAGGCAGGCAUCGAAGAACUGCGAGACAUGGCUCGAGAGUUGGUAGCCGCGGUCCAAGAAGCCAGAACGUCUGCGGCGCACUUCAAAUUGCAGCACAGUUUGCUUGCGAUGGAGUCAGAAGAGGCCGCGCAAAGGGCUGAAGUUGAGCGGCAGAUGUCUCGACGAGAAAUGGAGGUGCUCCAAACUGUCGAACAUAAGAAUCGUGCUUCGGCGUCUAUGCGAAGCUCACAGCCUCCAGCACAGCCACAAAUCGAAGCGUUGAUCAGGACAUGCAGAAUGCUCGAGGAUGAGCGUGAUGAUGCAGAACAUGAACUCCUCCGUGCCCGCAAACACCUCGAAGCAGAGAAGGACAAGGUUGAUCUGCUGGUGGAGCAAAACGAUCGACUGAAGAAACGUAUUCGCGACAACAGAGAACAUUUCAGCAGGCUCAAGAGCCUGUCGCCCUCAUACACAACACCUCGUGAUGCAUACGCAACGCCACAGCGCAGAGCGAUCCCCAAGUUUCCAGAAUCGGCACCUAGCCACGGCACCAUCGCCGCCCUUCUAGCAGCAGAUCAGGUCUUGAGUCGAGAAAGUCUCAGUGUCCCGUCGACUCCCACCAAGACGCAUACGUCAAAGUUCAAGCACGGUCAUACUCGAGGCGCGCGCUCAAUGUCGUCGCUACAUACCACGCUUGCGCAGCAUGGUCCCUCGCAGAAUGACAACUACCCAGAAUCUAUGGUUCCCCUCUCUGCGCCAGCUUCUCAAUUGGUGAUUGAGUCUGCCGAGAGAGGCCGUCACGAUCAAGACCGUCACGAUCGAGACAGCACCAUCUCGAUAUCCGAUGCUGAAGAUGGCAGCAAUGACGACAUCCCACAGUCACAGGCUAGUUCUCUGGCCAGCGACAUGUUGCGCCGCAACCCUGGACCCCAAGAGAGCUUGCGGCUGUCGCAAGGUGCAGAGAAAUCCAGCAAUGCAUUGCAGAGAAAGCUAUUUGGGCCAGUUCAAAAGACUGCUCACGCGAAGAGGAGAGCAGGUAGUUUUGGGGAGUCAGAUAUGAAAGCAAAGAAGGCGAGAAUAUCUCAUGGUGUCGGUCUCGGUAUUGAAUCUUGGAGUCAGUGA